UCGGUAUACUGCAGCCUUCAAAGGACGCGUCCUACCUAGCAUGCAGCCUUCCAAACGACACCCAGCCAUUGCGCUAGCGUUCGAGUCUUUGCGCAUGCGCAUUACACAAAUAGCGCAGAGCUUGUCACUGUGACUGAAGGUGGCGAGACUUGUAACGGUUAAAGAUGACGACUUCUUGGAGUGAUCGGCUCCAGAAUUAUGCAGAACUUCCAGCCAACAUGGAUGGUUUAUCUAUGAAGAAGUACAGAAGAGAGGCAUACCACAGAGUUUUUGUCAAUAGAAGUUUGGCAAUGGAGAAGAUAAAAUGCUUUGGCUUUGAUAUGGACUACACUCUAGCAGUGUAUAAGUCUCCCGAGUAUGAAUCCCUUGGCUUUGAUCUGACUGUGGAAAGAUUGGUUUCCAUUGGUUACCCACAAGAGCUCCUAAACUUUGUCUAUGAUCCUGCUUUUCCCACAAGAGGCUUGGUGUUUGAUACAACUUACGGAAACCUGCUGAAAGUAGAUGCAUAUGGAAACAUUCUUGUGUGCGCUCAUGGUUUCAACUUCCUGCGUGGUCCAGAUAUAAGAGAGCUGUACCCAAACAAGUUCAUUCAGCGUGGAGAUACAGAGCGAUUCUACAUCCUCAACACACUGUUUAACCUACCAGAAACGUACCUCUUUGCCUGCUUGGUUGACUUCUUCACUAGUUGUGCCAGAUACACAAGUUGUGAGAUGGGCUUUAAAGAUGGAGAUCUUUUCAUGUCCUACAAGAGCAUGUUUCAGGAUGUCAGAGAUGCUGUGGAUUGGGUCCAUUUCAAGGGGUCACUGAAGGAGAAGACCGUUGAAAACUUGGAGAAAUAUGUGGUGAAAGACGCUAAAUUGCCAUUGCUUCUGAGUCGAAUGAAUGAAGUUUCCAAAGUGUUCCUUGUUACCAAUAGUGACUACAAGUACACAGAUAAAAUCAUGACAUACUUGUUUGAUUUUCCACAUGGUCCAAAAGUGGGUAAACCUCAUCAGCCCUGGCAGUCCUACUUUGACCUCAUUUUAGUGGAUGCCAGGAAGCCUCUGUUCUUUGGCGAGGGCACAGUCCUGAGACAGGUGGACACGACCACUGGGAGGCUUAAAAUCGGUACAUACACAGGGCCCUUGCAGCAUGGCAUUGUGUAUUCUGGUGGUUCCUCAGACAUAGUGUGUGACCUACUCGGAGCGAAGGGGAAGGAGAUCUUGUACAUUGGUGACCACAUCUUUGGAGACAUCCUUAAAUCUAAGAAGCGUCAGGGCUGGAGAACAUUUCUGGUGAUUCCUGAGCUGGCUCAGGAGCUGCAUGUGUGGACUGACAAGAGCACGCUGUUUGAGGAACUACAGAGUUUGGACAUUUUCCUGGCAGAGCUCUACAAGCAUUUGGACAGCAGCAGCAAUGAGAGACCCGAUAUCAGUUCUCUUCAGAGGAGGAUUAAGAAAGUGACCCAUGACAUGGACAUGUGUUAUGGGAUGAUGGGAAGUCUGUUCCGCAGUGGUUCUCGUCAGACUCUUUUUGCAUCUCAAGUUAUGCGUUAUGCUGACUUGUACGCUGCAUCCUUCAUCAAUCUGCUGUACUACCCCUUCAGCUACCUGUUUAGAGCUGCCCAUGUGCUGAUGCCUCAUGAGUCCACAGUGGAGCACACUCAUGUGGACAUUAAUGACAUAGAGUCGCCAAUGGCGACACGCAACCGCCACUCCAUUGACUUCAGAGAACGCGAAUGUAAGAGACAUCAGCUCACCCGCUCCAUAAGCGAGAUCAACCCUCCCCACCUCUUCCCUCAGACACCACAGGAGAUCACGCACUGCCAUGAUGAGGAUGAUGAUGAGGAAGAGGAAGAGGAGGAAGAAUAAGCAGACCUUUGGCAUUACUGUUAAACUGGAUUCAGGUGCUUCAGAGAUGUGUCUAUGGUUUAAACAAGUUUGAUCUUUGCAUAUACAUUCAGCCAUAUAUUUUGUCGGGAUAAAAGAGAAUAUGUUUAUUUCUUGCAUUGUAUAUUUCAAACCAGGUUCCAUAUUUCGGAGUCUGAUGAGAGUACGAAGCUAAAACUGGGGCUUUUGUAGUUCCAGAAUCUUAUUUUGAAAUUAGGUUUAAGGAAAUAUCUCCAUAAGCCUUCGCUCACAAAACCGUUUGUGGCCACACUUGAAAAUGUGUUGAAAAAAAUAUUAAUAAUAAUGAAAAUAUUUAAUUGAUUUCACUGUUUUGGUUAACAGAGAUUUGAAAGUCCCUGUUUAAAUUGCAUAACAAACAUACAAUAUUUGCAUGAUAUUGAGGGAACAUAUAAAGCAAGAUCUGUCUCUGAUUUAGUUAAGCUUGAAAUAAUAGCAUGCAUACUCAUACUAUGGCUGCAUGAAUUCUUUUCGAUUGCAUCCAAAGUUUUGGAGAUGAGCCAUGUAGUUUGCUUGGAAGAAUUUCCUUAGAAAUGUCACACCAACAAUGAAAGCUUGCGAAGUAGAAGACUGCACCUCUCUCAAUGGCUGUUAAAAUGUUGUAACAGAUUAUCAUGCUUCUUUUUUGUCAGAACUGUUAGUAUGCAAACUGCUGUCAUAUUAUUGGGUAAUUUCUAAACAAACAUUUAAAAAAUGAAACACAUGCAACUUGCCAUUUUAUGCAUGGGUCACAAGUUACUUGGCAAUGCUGCAUAGCUGAAACUGAAGAGUAAAGAAGUCCUCAACCUCACCUUUUUUAAUGGCUGCUAAUAACUGCUUGGAAGAAUAAGCCAACAUUGAAAUAUCUCUUAGGAGCCAUUCAGACCAAAUGCGUUGUUGCGCUAAACAACAAGCUAGACUUCGACAUUGUCUAGUUGUCUAGUUAGUAAGAACUUCCAACUUUUAAAAAUGUGUCCUCAAGGUGCUUUCGUUCUGUUCUAUUCGUUGUGCUGCGUCUAGCUUUUUUAGCGCAAGAACGUGUUCAGACUGAACUGCCCCUUUUGUACUCACCAUUACUGUGUUGAUUGUUAGACCUUGAAUCUAGAGCAUAGAUUCACGAUUUGCUAUUUUUAUAUUCAAUGAUAUACAGAAUAUUUUAAUUUCAAAAAAUGUUGUUUGAAGUUAGUGCAACCAUAACAUUUGGGUGGAGACAGUGAUUUAAUAGGGAGAGGGCUUAUAUAAGCAGGUGUGGUUGUAUUAAAUGGAACCUGGCCAUGGAAACAAAGCUUUGUUGGUAACAGUGGACCAAAAGGAAGAGAGACUCUGUCAAAAUGAACAUUUUCUAAGCCAUUGUGUUCAGGUAGAACCUACAGUACAAGAACAAUCCAAAGCCUCUGUCUUAUGGAUCUGGACCCUGUAUGUCAUGAACUUAAUCUGGGGACUAUUACUUGAAGGAUUUUUCUUUUCUUCGAUUGAUACAGUGCUCAAAUUAGCACUUUGGUGCUUUUGUCUUUUAGAUGUUGUUUUGAAUCAAGGAGGGAAUUUUAGAUGUUUGAGAUGUAAAUCCAUUUAUAAAACUACAGUAUUUCUCUUGGAUCAUUCGAACAGUAUUUUAAGUUGGGAUAAGAAACAAACUGUGGGCUUGAGUUCUCUCAAGAUGACCUUUGCAAAUGUGAUCUCUGAAAGACCACAGAAAAGAAGUGAUGCAUCCAUAACCAAAGACUGUCUUCCCAUGAAGUAAUCAGUAUCCAAUGCAUUUCAAUCAAUCACAGGUUCUGUUGAAGAUUAUUGAGCAUUUUUUGGCUGUACUGUUUGAUAGUGAUAUUUUUUAGUUAUUAAAAGACUUUUAAAGGACUUUUAGUUAUUUAAAGUAAUUAAACCCCUCACUUUUUAUUUUUGGCUCUUCCCUUUAGGGUAGAUCUACUGUAUAUCGUGGGUGUAUUUACAUUGAUUGUGUUUUAGAUUUUUCUGUACUUUUGAUAAUUGUUUUAAAAAAAAUGUUUUUUUGUUGUUGUUUUAGUUGAAAACAAAGGCCUGUGAACAAAUGUUUUUAAAAUUGUUUCCUCCUUUUAUUACUUUUUGAUUAUCGCUUAUUAAGAUGUUCCUGCAUGUUGUUUUGGGAUGUUUUGCGUGCGUGCGUGUGUGUGUGUUUAGGGUUUAUCUUGUGCUUUACUGUGAAGAGAACUAUCACAGAAAAUGCGAGGACUCGAUCUUACUGUAAUUUUAAUUUAGCAAUCUGAAUGCUUUCUUAUGACCUGUGUUUAUAUACACACUGGCGGCCAAAAGUUUGGAAUAAUGUACAGAUUUUGCUGUUUUGGAAGGAAAUUGGUAUUUUUUUUCUGAUUAACACUUUUUAUUGAUUCACACAUUUGAAACAGAAAAACAAAACAUAUAUUCAUAGAAUCAAUAGUUUAUUUGUCCUCAAAGAGGAAAUUUGUUUCCACCAUGGGUGCGUAGAAAACAUAAACACAACAACACCAUACAUAUUAACCAAAACAAUCACAAACAUAGAGAAAAAAGAAAAAAAGAUCAUACAACGAGUUCCAGAGCACAAGAUGGCAUUACAAUGGCUGAUGUGUUUAAAGCUAGUAUAGCCAUAGGAACAAAACUCCUACCAUAGCUGGCCUUUCUGCACAUGGGUAGUCUAUACCUGUGGCCAGAAGGGAGGAGGAUGAAAUACUGUUAAAGUGGAUGGUCUGGAUCAUUUAACAUUGUAUGUGCCUUCUGGAGCGUAUGUGAAAUGACACAGUCCAAUAAAUUAGGGGUAGGAAUACCAAUACCAUCCCCCCAGACUCUGUUUUAUCAGGGAGUAAUACACUGAGAUGCCUCAUGACCUUUUCCAAAAGCAGCAAUCACCAAUCCCAGAGUAUCUGCCACUCUAGGUGGGUGUAUACUACUCCCACAAAUAGUACAAAGCAGGUGGCGCAGCUGUAAAUACCUGAAGAAUUGAGACCUGGGAAUCCCAAAAUGUUGAACCAUAUUUUCAAUGGAUCUCAACACUCUAUUCUCAUAUAGGUCACCGAGCGUAUUAACCUCCCUCACAAUCCACACUGUCCAGCAGAAAGGGAACUUAUUAAUACAUAAUUUGGGGUUCAGCCAUAUGCUUGAAGCAACAUUUAAAUAAAUGUCUGAAUUAAACACUGGACACUUUUGUCCAUAGUGUGCAAAUGUGAGAUAACAGGGUGCAACUUAACUUCACUGGUUAGUUUGAUAGAAAGGCUUUGCAAUGGCGAAAUAGGGGCAAGAACUUCCUAUUCAAUACAAAACCAGGAAGGGGCUCUCUCAGGUGGAAGCAACCAAUGAGCCAAAUGUCUGAGACCGAAUGCAUAAUAAUAAAACAAAAUCUUGGGUAGGCCUAGCCCACCUUUGUCAAUUGGCCUAUGUAACUUAUUGAAGUGUAAUCUGGGACGUUUACCAUUCCAAAUGAAAGACUUUGCUAUGCUAUCAAAUUGCUUGAAAUAAGAGAGGGGGACAUCUAUAGGGAUAGAUUGUAGCAGGUAGCUGAAUUUUGGAAUACAAUUAAUUUUAAUAACAUUAACCUUCCCAGUAGAUAAAUGUAAUGAAGCCCACCUGCCAACAUCGCUCAAAAACCUUUAGAGGUUAAAAUUAACUCUUAACUAAAUCACACAAAUUUGCUGGGAAUAAAAUACCCAAAUUCUUAAUUCCCUGUUUGGGCCACUGGAAGGCACCUGGCUGGAAGGCCGUUACUGGACAGUACGCUGUCAAAUCCAAAGCUUCGGAUUUAGACCAACUGACUUUGUAUCCUGAGAACUUGGAAAAGGAAUUAAUAAUUCUGUGGAGGCAAGGCAUAGAUCUAGUAGGGUCAGAGACGAAUAAUAAAAUAUCAUCUGCGUAAAGCAGAAGUUUAUGCGCCACACCUCCCGCAAUCAUCCCUGGAAAAUCAUCCUCCUUUCUUAUUGAGGCUGCUAAUGGUUCCAGGGCAAGACAGAACAAUAAUGGGGAAAGAGGGCAACCCUACCGGGUUCCCCUAUCCAGAGUAAAAUAAUCUGAAAUUAAUCAGUUCGUUUGAACUGCAGCUACCGGUUAUCUAUUAAGUAACUUAAUCCACCAAAUAAAAGUAUUCCCAAUCUUAAAAAGAUAGUCCCAUUCUACCAUAUCAAACUCCUUUUCAGCGCCAAGUGAGAUGGCAGCGACCGGAGUCUGAUCGUUCGCCACUGUCCACAUGACAUUAAUGAAACACCUAAUGUUAUCACAAGAGUUACGGCCCCGAAUAAACCCCACCUGAUCUAUAUGUAUAAGAAAUGUCAUAACUUUACUCAAUCGGUUAGCCAAAAUUUUUGACAAUAUUUAACAUCUUAAUUUUUAAUAUUUUAGCUGGAUCAGGGAAAUUGGACGGUAACUCUUACACUCGCUUGGAUCUUUGUCCUUUUUUAAGAAUCAGACUGAUCCGGGCUUGUGUCAUGGUUGGCGGAAGCUUUCCAUUCUUUAAUGAUUCCGUAUAAACUUCUAGCAAAAGUGGAGUCAGUUCUGUAGCAUAAGAUCUAAAAAAUUCAACAGCAAAGCCGUCUGGCCCCGGAGCCUUGCCUGUAGGCAAGGCUUUAAUUACCUAGCCAAGCUCCUCCAAGGUUACCUCACAAUCUAGAGAAUUUUUUUGCUCAGUCGUCAGUUUAGGAUGUUC